AUGAAUAUUGAAGGAAAAGUUGCGUUGAUCACAGGGGCGGGACACGUAAAGGGAAUUGGAUAUGCCAUAGUGCGACAGCUUCUCGGUAAAAGAGUAAAGGGAGUUGGGAUUCUAGAUAUCAAUGAUGAGAACGGUCGAGAAGUAUUAGAUAUCUUGCAGAACGAGUUUGGUGAGCACAGGGUGAUAUAUGUUAAUUGUGAUGUUACGUCGAAGACUGACUUAGAAGGUGCAUUUGAAAAAGUGAAAACCCAUUUUGGUAGACUGGAUAUUGUAUGCAAUAAUGCUGGGAUCCAGAAUGAGGUCAACUGGGAGUUAACUCUAAACAUUAAUCUGAUGGGUACCAUCAGAGGCACAUAUCUGGCACUUGAACACAUGGGUGUAAAUUAUGGUGGCAGGGGUGGAAUCGUUAUCAACACGGCAUCUAUCGCUGGCAUCAUGACAACCUCUCAUUUUCCAGUAUAUGGUGCAUCGAAACAUGGAAUAGUGGCAUUCACACGAAACACUGCAAGCAACCGUACAUUCAAAGAAAAUAAAAUCCGUGUGUCAGCUUUCUGUCCUGCCAAAGUGGAUACACCAAUACAAGAC